UCAGAUAUACGUUCCAAACCACAGCCUUCUACUCUUCUAUUCUCCUCCCACCCCAUCUCGAUCUCGUCCUCCUCCCGAUCUCUCUCCGAUCGCCGCCAGUGGGACCCAUCAGUCCGAGCUUCUUCGCCCGCUCUCUCUCUUCCCUUCUCCCAACUGUCGCCGUUGAGAUCUGUUUCCUUCUCCAAAUCGCGAAAAUCAUUUUUUUUCGCUAUGGCUAGUCUCGUAAGCGAUCAGCUUUUGCAGAUGGAAACAACAUGUGGAUCUCUUCUAUAUGAGCUUCAGAUGAUAUGGGAUGAGGUUGGUGAAUCUGAUGCUGAAAGAGAUAAACUGCUACUUGAGCUAGAACAGGAAUGCCUAGAGGUUUAUAGAAGAAAAGUUGACCAGGCAAACAGGUGCAGAGCUCAGCUGCGGCAAGCCAUUGCUGAUGCAGAAGCAGAGCUUGCGGCCAUCUGUUCUGCAAUGGGUGAGCGACCAGUGCAUAUCAGGCAGUCCAAUCAGAAGGCUGGAAGUUUAAAAGAAGAGCUUAAGGAAAUUAUCCCUCAGUUAGAGGAAAUGCGAAAGAGAAAGAACGAUAGAUGGAAUCAAUUUCUUGAAGUUAUUGAGCAAAUACGAAGGAUUUCAAUUGAGAUCAGGCCAGCAGAGUAUACUCCAUCCAAGGUGGCUAUGGAUGAAUCCGAUCUAUCCACAAGAAGGCUUGAAGAAUUGCACAGACAGCUACAGUCCUUUCAGAAGGAAAAGACUGAUCGCCUGAAGCAGGUGAUGGACCAUCUAAAUACUUUGAAUUCAUUAUGUCUUGUACUGGGUAUAGAUUUCAGACAGACUGUUCAUGAAGUACACCCUAGUCUUGAUGAGACUGAAGGGUCAAAGAAUUUUAGCAAUGACACAAUUGAAAGUCUGGCCUCUGCAAUACAGAGAUUGCGAGAGGUUAAGAUCCAAAGAAUGCAGAAGCUUCAAGAUCUUGCAAGCACUAUGUUGGAACUGUGGAAUUUGAUGGAUACACCAGUUGAAGAGCAACAGUUGUUUCAGAAUGUAACAUGUAACAUAGCUGCUUCAGAACAUGAAAUUACUGAGCCCAACACUCUUUCAAUGGACUUCAUCAAUUAUGUGGAGGCAGAAGUUUUGAGGCUUGAGCAGCUGAAAGCUAGCAAGAUGAAAGAGUUAGUAUUGAAGAAGAAAACAGAACUGGAGGAGCUUCGUCGUCGCACCCAUCUAGUUGCUGAAGCAAGCAGUGAAACAGAAUUUGCAAUUGAAGCUAUUGAGGCUGGUGCCGUUGAUCCCUCUUUAAUGUUGGAGCAGAUUGAGGUUCAAGUUUCAAAAGUUAAAGAGGAAGCUUUUAGCAGGAAGGAUAUACUUGAGAAGGUUGAAAAAUGGUUCGCUGCACGUGAUGAAGAGUCCUGGCUGGAGGAAUACAACAGGGAUGAGAACCGCUACAGUGCUGUAAGGGGUGCCCAUCUUAUGCUCAAGCGUGCUGAAAAAGCCCGUGCUUUGGUUAAUAAGAUUCCAGCAAUGGUGGAUGCUUUGGCUGCCAAAAUUACAGCAUGGGAGAAUGAUAGGGGGAUCGAGUUCACAUAUGAUGGUGUUCGUCUGCUAUCAAUGCUGGAAGAAUACACCAUAGUGAGGCAGGAGAAAGAGCAAGAGCGCAAGAGACAGAGGGACCAAAAAAAGCUUCAGGAUCAACUCAUAACUGAAAAGGAAGCUCGCUUUGGGUCCCAACCAAGCCCUUCAAAGGCCCACAGCGCAAAGAAGAUUCCUAGAACUUCCACUGGCGGAUCCAGCAGAAGGCUAUCUCUAGGUGGAGCCGUCAUGCAUCCCCCGAAGCCUGAUCUGCUUCAUCCUAAGUCCACACGCUCAACCAAGAAGGCCGAAGAUAUGAGUGCACUUUCUCCCGCUAGGAGAGGCAUAGACAUUGCUGGCCUACCUGUGAAGAAACUGUCUUUCAACACCAUGAAUGCUCCAUGUGAAGUGGAGAUGCCACGCAGGCCCUUUACCCCCCUAGUUCCUGUGAACAGCAUCCCAUCAACACCUUCUCAGCCCAACAUUAUGUUGACACCCAGCAUUUUAUCGACACCCUCUCAGCCAAAAAAUAAUGAUGUUGAAGAGGAGAACAGGACCCCGAAGAUAAUGCCCAUUUCAACUCCUAAAACUCCAGUAACGGUGCCUGCCUCCAUGCAGAUGGCCACAACACCUGCUCCAACCUGCCUUGUUUAUGAAGCAGCGGUCACAAAAGCACCAUUGGAGGAGAUGGAAUACUCAUUUGAAGAGAGAAGGCUUGCAUUCUACCUUAAGAGAUAGAGAGUCUUGUAGACAUUGGAUCAUGCCAAUAUUAGCUGACUUGAAAGAUUGUUGUUUUCCUUUUGUUAGUCAAUAUAUGUUGAUAUGGUAUUUGCUGUCUUCUUUCGUUCUUUCUAUCUGUGUUAGCUGGACCUUGCCUAUUGGCAGUUGCAUCACGCCUCUUUUGGGUGUCA